AUGGACGCGGUGCUGCUAGAGCACUUCCCCGGGGGCCUGGACGCCUUCCCGUCCCCUUACUUUGACGAGGAGGACUUCUUCACCGACCAGUCUUCUCGGGACCCUCUGGAGGACGGCGAUGAGCUGCUGGCCGACGAGCAGGCCGAGGUGGAGUUCCUCAGCCACCAGCUGCACGAAUACUGCUACCGCGACGGGGCGUGCCUGCUGCUGCAGUCCGCGCCCUCGGUGGCUCCGCACGCGCUCGCCCCGCCGCCCUCGGGGGGCCCCGGCGAGCCGGAGGACGGUGGUGGCGGCUACUGCUGCGAGGCGGGGGCGCCCCCCGGCGGCUUCCCCUACUCGCCCGGCUCGCCGCCCUCGUGCCUCGCCUACCCGUGCGCCGGGCCGGCCGUGCUGUCCCCCGGAGCGCGGCUGCGCGGCCUGAGCGGGGUGGCGGCGGCGGCGGCGGCGCGGCGGCGGCGGCGGGUGCGCUCUGAGGCCGAGUUGCAGCAGCUGCGGCAGGCGGCCAACGUGCGCGAGCGGCGGCGCAUGCAGUCCAUCAACGACGCCUUCGAGGGGCUGCGCUCGCACAUCCCCACGCUGCCCUACGAGAAGCGCCUCUCCAAGGUGGACACGCUGCGCCUGGCCAUCGGCUACAUCAACUUCCUCAGCGAACUCGUGCAGGCCGACUUGCCCUUGCGCGGCGGCGGCGCGGGCGGUGGCGGGGGACCAGGCGGCGGCGGGCGCCUGGGCGGGGACAGCCCGGGCAGCCAGGUCCAGAAGGUCAUCAUCUGCCAUCGGGGCACCCGGUCCCCCUCCCCCAGCGACCCGGAUUAUGGCCUCCCUCCCCUCGCAGGACACUCUCUCUCUUGGACUGAUGAAAAACAACUCAAAGAACAAAAUAUUAUCCGAACAGCCAAAGUGUGGACCCCAGAGGAUCCCAGAAAACUCAACAGCAAAUCUUCCUUCAACAACAUAGAAAACGAACCGCCCUUUGAUUUUGUGUCCUGA